CUCGGCGACUAAAACAAGAAGCGCCACUAGGCGUGCUCAAAGUACGCCAACUAAAACCUCACUAAGAAUGGUUUUCUAAAAAGUCAAACUAACGUUAAUAAUAAUGCGAGCGGGUUCACCGACGAGACAUCAACUUUAAGAACAUAUUUCUGAGGAUCAUUUGUGAUGGCUACUACUGAGAUGGAAUCUGGUUCUUUGGAAAGCAGACCAGAAAAUGUGACAUAUUGCUCUGACUCAAAGUACCCACUGAAAGUACUUUACUGUGGAGUGUGCUCUCUGCCUACGGAGUACUGUGAGUACAUGCCCGAGCCAGCCAAAUGUAGGCAUUGGCUUGAGAAGAACUUUCCAGAUGUGUUUGCCAGGAUGACUGUAGGCCCUGGAGGGAGUGUGCCCAAGCAGGAACUCGGCAUCGGAGAAUCUCCCCCUGGAGGAGAGGAGGAGGAGAAGAAGAAACAGAAGAGAGGUGGGAGAGGACAGAUCAAACAGAAAAAGAAGACUGUUCCUCAGAAAGUCACGAUAGCAAAAAUCCCAAGAGCCAAGAAAAAAUACGUCACAAGGGUGUGUGGCCUGGCAACAUUUGACAUUGAACUUAAAGAGGCUCAGCGGUUCUUCGCCCAGAAAUUCUCCUGUGGUGCUUCAGUCACAGCAGAGGAUGAAAUAAUCAUUCAGGGAGAUUUUACAGACGACAUAAUCGACGUCAUUCAAGAGAAGUGGCCCGAGGUGGACGAUGAGAGCAUUGAUGAUCUGGGUGAAGUCAAGAAGUGAAGACCAAAUAUGCACUUUUACUGAAACGGAUGUGACCUGUAACGACGACGACAACCUGGCCAAAUGUACACAUUAAGUCAUUUUAUACCUAUUUUAUUUACUGUUCAUAAAAAGCUGUGGACUUGGCCACUCACUUGGCAUCUAUUUUUUUUUUUUUUUUUUUUUUUAGUUAUCAAUAGCUGCUUUCUCUCGUUUGCCAAAGGUGUGGUAUGACGUGAAUCGCUCCCAAAUGUUCUUCACUCAAGCAAAAACUGUAGGCUAAUAAAUUUCAGUCUCCUUCGCCUGUC